AUGACUAAAAACACAUCGGAACCGAGUGGAGGGGCAUUCCACGCGGUUCAUGCGGAGCGUGACCUACAAUCCAAUUGGGAAGUUGACCUAGCGAAGAAACUUGAGGAGUAUCUGAUAAAAAUAUGCUCUGGUGAAAUCACUGGCGAAGAAGAAGGGAACAUUCAUGUCAAUUUUGCUGAAGCUGCUCUACUGCUUCAGGGUUCAAUACAGGUGUAUAGUCGAAAGGUUGAGUAUCUCUACAACUUGGUAUUGCGUGCUUUGGAGUUCCUUUCUCAGAAAAGACAGCCAGAUCAGGUAGAAGGAGAAUCCGUCCAACCUGAUGAUGAAGCUGGUCCCUCUGCCGCUGUUACUAAUGAAGAAAAUGAUCAAUUCUGGAUCUUAGAUGACAUCCCAGUUGAAGAAAAGAUUUCAUUGGACAGUUCAACAAGCAAAGACGUGAAUUUGGAUCUCUUCAUAAAACCCCCUGCAAAUCUAGUUGUUCUUGAAGGAGACUGCUUGGAUACUGGUGGUGAUGGAGGGGAAUUGGAGUCUUAUCUGCUGUCCACCACAGACUUGUACCAGGAUUUUAUUUUAUUGGACACAUCUGAUGCCGUUGCAGUUAAUGAGUAUAUGAAGGGGGGAAAAGCUGGUACUGCAUUUAAUGGUACUAACAGAGCAACCUCAACUCGUAAAGGCUUUCUUUCUCCUAGACGUUCCGGUGGAAGUGCUCGUAAAUCAGCUGCAAAGAGUCAGCGUGCUAAUACCGUGAUCUCUCCUAAAAAUAUUAGUUUUGAAGACAAAGAAGCUCGGCUCAGUCCUCCAGCCUCCGCUGGUUUUGAUAACACUAACUUUGGACCUAAUAUGGAUGAUGGAUUUGAUGCACCUAGGGAUGGCGACAAUUCUGAUGAAGAUGAUGAAGAUCCAUGGAAGCCAUUGAAUCCUCAUGAAACAGGAAACUUGCGAGUAAAGCCCUUUCGAAAAGUAAAAACUACAAGAAGAACUAGAAUCAAUGUGAGACAUCGAGUAUCUAUGAGCACCUUUUUUCCACCUGCCAAAUUGCAUGGUCCUAUCAGUCCAGAGCUCACGGAAAUGUGGGAGAUGCGACAAUGUGCCCAACAGCGACAAAAGGAUUCUCAAUCUACUCUUCCAUUAUACGAGACGCUGAGACAAUCUCUUACUAGUGAGGGAAAUGAAACCGGUGUACCAUUUCUUAACACUGAAGAUGAUAAUGAUGAUAACGAAUUUGAUAAUGGAUUUCCCGAUUUUGAUAUGCCUGGCAAUGACUUCAUGGAUGAAGACCAACGCCCUUUCAAUAAAGAGCACGGAGUUGAUGGUGUUAAUGCUAAUGCCGAUGAAGCUGUAGAUCCUGAAUUUCCAGAUUCUCAGACAAGUUUGGAAGAUCUUUGCCGCUCUCAUCUGAAUGCUCUCCUAGCUAACAUAGCCGAAUCUGAGAAACAAACAGAAAUGGCUGCAAGAGUUUCAACAUGGAAGCAAAGAAUUGAGCAAAACUUGGAAGAACAGGAUUCACACCCACCGUUUGAAUUCCGAGACUACGGUGAAAGACUUCUUGAGAAACUAUCCCUUGAAGAAAGCAGUGGCAGUGUCUUGCCCUUUUCCGAUUUGGUCAAGGGACAAGAAAAGUAUGACAUCUCCCGAAGUUUCUCUUCACUCCUUCAAUUGGUGAACAAUGGAGAAGUUGAACUACAAAGACACGAUGUUCCAGGGGAAUCUCUUUGUUACACAGGUGUUAAUCCUUUUCAUGUUAGGCUCCUAAAGCAUGACAAGAAAAAGGAGGUUGGGAAGCAGUUUGGUAUGGCCAAAAAGCGAGCGAAAUCUCCGACAAAAUAUCCAGCUACAAAAGAUGAGAAGAAAAAGAAAAUUAGAAGAGAAAAGUCUCCGAUCAGUUCAUCUUCUAGGAAACAUGGACGAACAACAGAGUUAGCAUCACCCACAAAUUGUAAGUUAUCUGUAAACCUUGGAAAGGUCAGUGCUAUGAAAUUCUCUCCUCCAUCCAAGAGACGGCGUAGAUCUCCCUUUGUUGAGCCAGUUAAUUCAGCAGGGUGA